AUGUCUAAUCUCCGACUUAUGCGUUGGAUAUAUCCUCAACAAACUGGAUCUGGAUUUACAUUUAUUCCUAAUUCUUCAACUACAAAUAAUACCGAUAUUGAACAAUAUUUUCUUCAAAUAGCAACGAAAUUAAAAAAAUUUGAUAUAAUCAUCAAUCAUAAUUUACCGCAUCUUUUACAUGGAUGUCUUAAAGAAUGGAUUCGACGAGUACAAAAACUACAAUUAUAUGUUAUCUAUAGAUAUAUGAAUGAAAUCGAAGGAUAUUUAAAGAUAUUAAAUACUACUUCGAAAAGUUCAUCAGACUUAAAACUAAGAAAGAAAAUCCAGACGGAAUUAAAUAGAAUUAUCAAUGAUUUAACUUUUGAUUUAGAAGAAUUACAAACAAAAGCACGAUUUAUUAAUGAUUUAGAAGGACAAAAAUUUCAAUAUUUCAAUGUCGGUACAUGUAAUCUAAGUAAAACUGAUGAUAUAAACAUAUUAGCACGUAUUUUAAUAAAAGAUAAUCGAAAUGAUCGUAUUCUCUGUUCGAAUGAUAUACUAAACAGUAAUAAUCAAUCAAAAUUAAAAAUAUUAUUGCAUAAAUUAACUGAAGAACGCAAAGCAAAUCCUAAUUUGCAUUUAAUCUAUGCUGAUUUUUCUUACACUUCAUUCCACUUAUUUAAAAUGAUGAUAUUACCAUCAAAACAAAGUAUUAGUCGAGAUAAUUUGUCUUUAACAUUUGUUGAUCCAUCUUCCACAUCAAUAAAAAAUAAUGAUGUUAUCAAUAUUCUUCUUAUUGGUGAAACUGGCGUUGGUAAAUCAACAUUUAUCAAUGCUUUUAUUAAUUAUCUUACAUUUCCUACACUUGAACAAGCACAAUCCAAUAAACCUCUUGUUGCUAUACCAGUCUCAUUUAUUAUUACAACUGGUGAAAAUUUCGAAGAACAUACAGUUAAAUUUGGUGAUUCUAAUGAUUUAAAUAAUGAAGAUUUUCAACAUCCAGGUCAAUCAGUUACUCAACAUUGUAAAUCUUAUGUAAUUCAUCUUGACUAUAAUGAUAAAAGAACUUUACGUAUUAUUGAUACACCCGGUUUUGGAGAUACACGAGGUAUUAAUCAAGAUGAUCUUAAUAUGCAACAUAUUUUCGAAUAUAUCAAUGAUCUAACACAUCUAAAUGCUAUAUGUAUUCUGUUAAAACCAAAUGUUUCACGAUUAAAUAUUUAUUUUGAAACAUGUUUAACUCAACUAUUAGAUGUUCUAGGUCCGAACGUUAGUCAAAAUAUAAUGUUUUGUUUUACUAAUACUCGAUCAACUUUUUAUACACCAGGCAAUACAGCACCAUUACUUAAAACGAAAUUAAGUUCACUUCCAAUAAAGAAUAUUCCAUUCAAUAAAGAGAAUACAUUCUGUUUUGAUAGCGAAUCAUUUCGUUAUUUAGUAGCUGUACAAAAUGCAAUUCAAUUCAACGUCGAAGAGAAACAAGAAUACGAAACCGGUUGGUUAAAUUCUGUAAAUGAAUCAAAUCGUUUUCUUACUUUCAUUCGCAAACAACUUAAUACAUAUUCUUUACGUAAUAAUUGGCAAUCAAUUAGAUAUGCUCAAAUUCAAAUUAAACAUAUGAUUCGGCCAAUAUUAGAAGCGAUGAGAAAUAUUCUUCGAAAUUUAAUUUUAUGCAGUAUAGAUCCUUUGACGAAUAAAUUUAUCAAGCUAUGUCCGCGAGCACUUGACCGUCCAAGUGCAUUUUGUGCUUCAUGUAAACGAGAUCCUUUUCAAUUGAAAAAUUUUUGGAUUUUACCUGAUGAUGCACAUGAUUUUCAAAGUAAAUGUUCUACAUGUUCAUGUGUUCCGGAUCAACAUACUUCGAUUGAUUAUAUACUUAGUUAUGAUAUUUUAAAUUCUUCAUCGAAUGAACAACAAAAUAAAAUGACGAAUCUUCUCGACCAAUUGUCUUGUGCUAGUAUUGACUUCACUCAUUUUCUUAUGAAUAAUGUUUCUCGUUCAAUAAAAGAAGAUCCUUUCCGAAUGGGUCUAAUACGAAUUAUUCGCGAAGAGAAACAGAUUUGUGAAGAUCAUGAAUCAAAUCAAUUAAAUUUACGUUUAGUUCAAGAAUUAGAAAAACUUUUAAUUACAUACGAAGAUCAAAUGAAGAAGAAACAAUCAAAUGAAAAGCAAGAAAAUUUACAAUUUAUCUAUGAAAGAAUCGAAGCAAUUUGCAAACAUUCAAUAAUACACGAACAAAUGAUUGCGAUUCAUCAACAAAGAGAAAAAUGUAAAGAUAAUCAUCAUGAAAUUGAAAUUACCCAAAAUUCAAUAAGUCAAAAGAUUUAUUUAUCUACAGAAUGUUAA